AAGGGAGAUUUUAUUUAGAGGCGGUGCUUGUUGGCUUCAGAGUAGCGUCGUAACGACACUUUUUUUCCCCCCAGUCCUUGUUAAAAGAGUUUGACCAGGGCCAGAGUUAGUGCUGGGGGGUCGCCUAUAGCUUAGUAAUUUCCUGGGGGGUGAUUGCUGCAUUUUUUUUUUAAAUCCCAGCAGAUUUUUCUAUUUUAUUUUUUAUUUUAUCUUUAUUUUUUAUUUUUCUACUUCUCUGAAUAUCGCCACUCUCUCACUCUCAAGAUCUGAUACCCCUUCGAGAUUUUUCCUUUCAGAUCAUGAACAAACUAUAUGUUGGGAAUUUAAGUCCUUCGGUCACUGUCGAGGACUUGAAGCAACUCUUUGGGGAGAGGAAGCUGCCAGUGGCCGACCAGGUCCUGCUGAAAUCCGGCUAUGCUUUUGUGGACUUCCCCGAUCAGAACUCGGCCAUAAAGGCUAUAGAGACUCUCUCUGGUAAAGUUGAAUUACACGGAAAGGUGAUAGAAGUAGACUACUCUGUUCCCAAAAAACUAAGGAGUCGGAAGAUCCAGAUCCGGAACAUUCCCCCUCAUCUACAGUGGGAGGUUUUGGACGGCCUUCUAGCUCAGUAUGGUACUGUAGAAAACGUGGAACAAGUGAACACUGACACAGAAACAGCAGUGGUGAAUGUUACGUACGCAACCAAGGAGGAAGCUAAAGUAGCCAUUGAGAAGUUGACAGGACAGCAGUUUGACGACUGCUCCUUUAAGGUGUCAUAUAUUAUGGACAUGGAUGCUGCUCCACCUGUUCAGGCUCCCCGUGCGCGGCGCGGGGGCCGAUCAUCUCGGGACCAGGGCGCCUCUCAGCCCGGGCCCUCAGGAGGCUUUGGUGCUCCGCGCCAGAGACAACACGACUUCCCCCUGCGCAUGCUUGUGCCUACUCAGUUUGUGGGAGCCAUCAUUGGCAAAGAGGGCCUCACCAUUAAGAACGUCACCAAACAGACACAGUCCAAGGUGGACAUUCAUCGGAAGGAAAAUGCAGGUGCAGCAGAAAAACCCAUCACCAUCCACUCAACACCCGAGGGCUGCUCGUCCGCCUGUCGCAUGAUCCUGGACAUCAUGCAGAAGGAGGCCAACGAGACCAAGACAACGGAGGACAUCCCUCUGAAAAUCCUUGCCCACAACAGCCUGGUUGGUCGGCUGAUUGGGAAGGAAGGCCGCAACCUGAAGAAAAUCGAAGAGGAGACAGGGACCAAGAUAACCAUCUCCUCGUUACAAGACUUAACCAUUUACAACCCUGAGAGGACCAUCACGGUGAAGGGCAGCUUGGAGGCGUGUUGUAAAGCCGAGGAGGAGAUCAUGAAGAAACUGAGGGAAGCCUACGAGAAUGACAUUGCUGCUAUAAACCAACAGGCCAACCUGAUCCCAGGCUUGAACCUGAAUGCUCUGGGCAUCUUCUCCUCUGGUCUCCCGGUGCUGCCCCCUGCUGCUGGACCACGUGGUGCAGUGCCCCCUGUGGCACCAGCAGGAUAUAACCCAUUCUUAAGUCACUCUUCACAUCUCAGUGGCCUGUACGGGGUUCCUCCAGCAAGUGCCAUCCCCCACCAGCACUCACAACAGGCUCCAGAACAGGAGGUUGUCUACCUCUUUAUUCCAACUCAGGCAGUCGGGGCCCUGAUCGGCAAGAAGGGCCAGCACAUCAAACAACUCGCCCACUUUGCUGGAGCGUCCAUCAAGAUUGCCCCAGCUGAGAGCCCAGACGUUACUGAGAGGAUGGUUAUAAUUACUGGAACUCCAGAGGCUCAGUUUAAGGCCCAAGGUCGGAUAUUUGGGAAGCUGAAAGAGGAGAACUUCUUCUCAGCGAAGGAGGAGGUCAAACUGGAGACGCACAUCAAGGUUCCCUCAACUGCAGCUGGCAGGGUCAUCGGUAAAGGAGGCAAGACGGUAAACGAGCUACAAAACCUAACAAGUGCAGAGGUCAUCGUGCCACGGGACCAAACUCCAGAUGAGAAUGACGAGGUCUUUGUGAAAAUCAGUGGGCAUUUCUUUGCCAGCCAGACUGCACAGAGGAAGAUCCGGGAGAUCAUACAGCAGGUCAAACAGCAGGAACAGAAACACCAGCAGGGCGCCGCUGUGUCACCGCACCACUCCAAGUGACCAGCGGGGCGGCUUCAGUGGGCGCCAGCCAAUGAAUGUAGCCCUCCCAAAUGGACAGAGACCUACCCAGACAUAGGCCAAGGCCAAGGGGGACAUGCAGGGCAGACCAGCAGCACCGGGAUCAAAACCAAAGAACUUUACCAGGGGGGAAACAAGUGAGAGCCAAAGGCUGAGGGCAUUGUGUGCACUGCCAGCCCUGUGAGAGCAGAUAGAGUGGGAGAAACCGUACUGAUAUAAUACAAUAAAAAAGACCAAAAAAAAUCUACAAGAAAGAUGGAAAUGGCACAGUGUUGGAAACUGUUGUCUUCACAGUCAAAAAAGGUAAACAGGAAAUAGUACGUCGCCCUGCAUAACGUUAUCUCUUUAGUUGGACUAACAUAGGCCUAACAAAUGGAUAAAGCAACUGUAUUAACACGAGCAUUAUACAAGGCAUUGUGAUUGAUGUUUUGGGUUAGAACGAGAGCGAGUGACAAUGGACCUUCUCUUACAAGAGUUUGAGAUAUUCAGAUUGCAAGAUUAAAUAUCCUUAGCAGUAUUAAUACAGAAUACAGAGUAGAAAAGUAUAUUGAUACACACUGAGAGUAUGCACUGUUAUUUUUCUACCAAAAUGACAAUACGACUUGGUGUAGUUUUUAAUAUUUUACUUGUUUCAGAGAUUGAUUGGGCUGUGACAGCCACACAAAGCCUAGUUACAAGUUACCCUUGUUUGUUCACACUUUAGGCCACUUAAAUCAAAAAGAAAACCCCUAUAAGUAAAUAUGGUGAAUGGCUCUGAGUCUUUGUGACAAGCCUGUGUGUGUGCCAACGCAAAAGAUCCCUAUGAAAUGUCUCUCACCAUUCAUAUCUGAAGCUACACUUAUUUCUUUUUCUUUCCUUUUUGUGCUAAUUUCUGCUUCACUUUCUCAUCACUCUCUCUCAUCUGGCAAUCUGUUGUUUUUUUUAAUAGGAUAAUGUUAUAGGAUUUGACAAUAGGAUUUGUUGUCAAGAAACACUUUUUUUCCAUAGCCUUUUGAUAACAUUGAACUGACUGCCACUUUUGCUCAGCAGAGGUUAAAUGCCACCGAGGGAUUUGUUUUUAACCAGUAAACUGGUAUCACUCUCCCAUGCUGUACAGUAGUAGACUAUAUACAUGCGUUCAUGCUUGUUGUCCUGAUUUAUUAAAAAAAAAAUCAAAUGGAUGUCUCUAAAGGCAUUCUCCUCGAUGAUCAGAGCAAAAAUUGACGUCUUAAAAAAUAAAAAAGGUGCACCUUUGCUUGUUACCAGGCAACCAGUCAUUUUGAAUGUGCACUGCCACAUGCUCAGCCUUAUGAGGACGUCACGAGGGCCAGCGCAAAAUGUGAGCCGAGGGCCCAGAAUGGGAAUGGGUGGGGGGUUAAGGGAGGAGAAGGCCGUGGGGGUGGCAGGGAGUUCAAGGAGGAGGUUGGGGGUUUGGGAGGGUGCAGACUUGUGGUGUGUGGAGUGGUAGUGAGGAAAAGUUUUUAGAGUUAGAGGGUGGGGGUGGUUGGGGGUUGGGGGUUGCGGGUGGGGGUGUUAAUAGGGAGGCACUGUAUGACCUGUGGUACACACACAGCCGCAAACGUGACCGCAGCCGCGUUUGGCUUUAACCCUCUCUUGUCAGGGAGCUUUCUAAAACGGCAUGACAGCUGUGAAUGUACAAUAUGCAGCCUUUUUAGAAAAUAUCACCCCUGCCGUGUCCAGCAGGCCAGAGGCACAGACACACAGAUUGUCAUUCUCACUCUCGCUCUCUUCUUUUAUCCUCACUCUUUUCUGUCCUUUUUAUUUUGGCGAGCUGGCCGACUGCUCUGUGAGCAUGCUGGACACGCGGGUCCUGGUGUCCCUUUGUGCUUUACUUUGGAGACCGUGGAAGCUUGUUGCCUUAUUUUGUCACCUUUCAGACAUCACCCAUCAGCUUCAUCUUCCAGACGCAAGGUUAUUGCCAAUACGCACAGCUUCCUCCGUGUGUGUGUGUGUGUGUGUGUGUAUGUGUGUGCGCGUGUGUUUGUGUGUAUAUAUAUAUAAAAAGAGAGAGUAAUAUUUAUGAAUCUAUUUUUUUCCUAUUUUGUGAUGAGAGCUAUUGAUAAGAAACAAAAAGAAAACAAAGUCAUUUUCUUUUUUUCCUCAGUGGGACACUGCCAUAUUAUUUUGAAGGGAAGUGUUUAUUUUCUUGAAAACUAGACUAUGAAUAAUAAUAUAAAUAAAAACCUGAAAAAAUAGGAGAACAGUAAAGUGAACGACCGUGCUAACUUUGGUCAGGAUGUGAACAGUGCGCAUGUCAGUAUUGUGAUCUACCUCAGGCUUCAGGGUACCUCAGUCCAAUCUUUCAUUUCCCCUUUUUCCACAUUUUGUAUGCCUUGUUAACCUUGUUGAUCAUUUUGAGCGUUUUUAAUUUUCUUUUUUAAUGAAAAAAAAGAUCAAGAGAAAAGAUCUACAGUAAUAUCUCUAAGCUCUUCAGGUCCAGCUGACUAGUGAAACUUUGUAAACCGUAGUCAACUCUUUUGGACUGUCUUUGCCUGGACACCAGACAACCUCUUAAUGAUACACGUCAAAGGAUUUCCAAGUCGAUUUUUUUAAUAGAAAGGAAUGAAGAGCAGGAUCUAAGGGGUACAUACCUGCCCGAAGUGGUUCUGAAUGUGGAUGUUGUGUACUGAUUUCACCAUCAAAGAAAGACAGAAAGAAAAAAACAAACAAACACGAUACAAAUCGGUUGAUAGAAACAGAAACUAACCAACUGUACCUCCUGUUUUUCCCAACUGUACCUCCAGGUUUUUUGAGACUUAAAAAAAACAAAAAAAACUAACCAAAAAAAAAAAAAAAAAAGCCCCAAAAAAAACAACAACAACAAAAAACAAAAAAAACAAAGAUUAUUCACUUGUGAAUUUUAUAACAACCCAACCCAAUCUUACCAGCUCUAUUUGAUAACAGCAUACUCUGGGGUUGAUUUGAAGAAAACACGAAGCUGCAAAAAUACACUGACAGGACUCUUGAACAUGGUGUAAAACCCUAGUCUUCUGUGUAGAAUGUAGAACAACUCUAGUCGUUGAAAUGUCACUGUGUACGACAAGAUAACUGUAUAUCUGUAAACAUGUACAAUAGAGUCACACAUAAAUGCAUCGUUUUCUGUCUCUCUAUAACACUUACCAGUCUGCACCUGCAUUGUGAGAGAUGGUGGGAGAAGUUUAGAGCGUCACAGCUUCUACCUCUGACCUCUAAAUGGUUUUCUCAUCAAUCUACCAAUAUUAUUUUAAUUUUUUUUUUUUUUUGUGCUGUACAUUUCAGAAUUACCUCUCAGAAUCCAAGGCUGACUUUAGUUACUAAAACCAAUGUAGGGCAAAAGAAUUAAAUAAAUGAAUGAUAUAGUGAAAGUUAGUGUUUGUCUUUGGAGUUCUUUUAACUGUUGAGAGCUGAUUUUUACUUUUGGAGGGCAGACGUUUGUCAUCAGAUAAGGCGGAUCAUUUUUGUCCCAGUGAACACAAGACUAGCAGUGCUAAAAUAAUAAUAAAAAAAACAUAUAAAAGGUCUAUCAAACUCACACAAUGCCUGAGGCUUUCUCAGCGAGCCUCCCCACAGCCGGUACAGUACCUCAUACUGAUGAACGAUAGCUCACCAGACCUGAUUAAAAUACCUUGACCUUACCCACACGAAUGCAGUACGGUGCUUCUACUCGAACGCGUGACUCCUGUGGUGGUCUGCUUCACUGUAGUAGGGCAUGUUGAAGAGAAAACGACUUUUCACGGUAGCACUGGAAAUCGUAGUUUGUCAGUCAUGGUUUGUUUGACUGUUUCUUAGAGCAGUUUUGAAGUUGACGCUCUUUUCUUGCAUUGCGGAGGACUCUUCAGUCUUUCUGUGUUCUUGGCUCUUUAUAAGCACAGGUUUCCCUCUAGCUGGUUCGGUUUCACUGUGGUGUUGUGAAUGGAGCAUCCUGGUUGUUGAGACAUCUGUGAGGCAACCACAGUCUGAGGCGAAACUUGUCAAGAUGGUAACUUUUUUUUUUUUUUUUAACUUCCAAGGAUAGUUGUUUCUAGGUUUUGUUGGGUGUUGCUAGGCAUUAAUACCACAGUUACACACAUCACUAAGGAUGUACAUUGUUGUUAGUCAUAUCACACGGUGGUUGGAUAGUUUAGGCUUUAUUUUGUUUUCUGUUGAUCUGGUUUUCUCGUCAUUCACACUGAUUUAAUAAAUGCAGUAUGUCUGGAGCAUUAGUCGGGUUUCUUUGCUUUAAUAUUCAUUCCUGUUAGAUCACUACCAAUAAUACUAGUUGUUAAAAUGUGGUUGAAGAAUAUCCUAGCUAGGGUUUUCAAUGUAUUUGGGAAUCAGAAUGGCAAAAAAAAAAAAAAAUUGCAAGUAGAUGUGACUGGUUGACAAGCAGGAGGGUUGACAGAGUAUCCAGGUCGAUUAAACUGCCUUUGAGACUGAACAGCAAAGAGG